AUGGCCGCCUCCAUUGAAGAGCUGGACGUCCUCGUCCGCUCCUUCUACGAGGGGCGCGGUGAGCAGCAAAAAGCCGCUCAAGCUGCUCUCAACCAGUUCAAAGAAGACCCCGAUGCCUGGCUCAUGGUCGACAAGAUCCUUUCGGAUGCGCAGUACCCUCAAACCAAAUACUUGGGUCUGCAGGUUCUGGAUAAUGUGAUCAUGACGAGGUGGAAGGUACUCCCUCGGGAACAGUGCCAAGGAAUCCGAAACUUCAUCGUUCAGUUUAUCAUCCAGUGCUCGAGCACCGAAGAGUCUUUGCGCCAGCAAAAGACUUUGCUCAACAAGCUUAACCUCGUUCUCGUUUCCGUCCUCAAGCAGGAGUGGCCUCACAACUGGCCUACCUUUAUCAACGAAAUCAUCUCGUCAUGCCAUUCCAACCUAUCUAUCUGCGAGAACAACAUGAUUAUUCUUCGUUUGCUUUCGGAGGAAGUCUUCGACUACUCAGCCGAGCAGAUGACAUCGACAAAGACACGCAACCUGAAGCAGACUAUGUGCGCCGAGUUCUCACAGAUCUUUAACCUCUGCCAAGAGGUUCUCAACACGGCCACACAGCCUAGUUUGAUCAAGGCAACUCUCGAGACCCUUCUGCGAUUCUGCAACUGGAUUCCCCUGGGAUACAUCUUCGAGACACCACUUAUCGAAACACUGCGAACCCGAUUCCUCUCGACCCCCGAGUUCCGCAACGUUACCAUGCAGUGCCUUACUGAGAUUGGAGGUCUUCAGACAGGAGGUCCUGGACAGCCCAACUCGUAUGACGAGGAGCUUGUCAAGAUGUUCACUGAGACCCUGACCACCAUUGCUAACAUCAUUCCGGUUACUCUUGAUCUUAAGAGCACAUAUCCUAGCAGUAACUCAAGAGAUCAGGAGUUUAUCCAAAACCUGGCUCUCUUCCUUUGCAACUUCUUCGGAAUGCAUUUAAAUCUUGUCGAAAAACUUCCUAACCGAGAUUUCCUUAUCCACGGUCACUACUAUCUUAUUAGGAUAUCGCAGAUCGAUGAUCGAGAAAUCUUCAAGAUUUGUCUCGAUUACUGGCUCAAGCUUGUCCAGGAGCUUUACGAGGAGAUGCAAGCCCUCCCUAUUACGGACCUUAACCCCCUCAUGGCUGUCGGCGCAGGCAUGUCUGGUGGCGGUGCCCCGAACCCUACCGUCCUUAACAACUACCCUCUCCGAAAGCACAAGUACAACGAAGUUCUCUCAAACCUCCGAGUUGUUAUGAUCGAGAAGAUGGUCCGUCCCGAGGAAGUCUUGAUCGUCGAAAACGAUGAGGGUGAAAUUGUCCGAGAAUUCGUCAAGGAGAGCGAUACUGUGCAGCUUUACAAGACGAUCAGAGAGUGCCUGGUGUACCUGACACAUUUGGAUGUGGUCGAUACAGAGAACAUCAUGACCGAAAAGCUUGCUCGACAGGUCGACGGCAGCGAGUGGUCUUGGCACAACUGCAACGUUCUUUGCUGGGCCAUUGGAUCGAUUUCCUUGGCAAUGAACGAGGAGACUGAGAAGCGUUUCUUGGUAACGGUCAUUAAGGACUUACUUGGUCUCACCGAAAUGAAGCGAGGCAAAGACAACAAGGCUGUCGUCGCCAGUAACAUUAUGUACAUUGUCGGCCAGUAUCCUCGUUUCCUGAAGGCCCACUGGAAGUUUCUCAAGACGGUCGUUAACAAGCUGUUCGAGUUUAUGCACGAGUCUCAUGAAGGUGUACAGGACAUGGCUUGUGAUACGUUCAUUAAGAUUGCACGACAAUGCCGGCGACACUUUGUUGCUCUCCAGCCUAGCGAGCAGGAGCCUUUUAUCGAGGAGAUUGUCCGAAACAUGGGCAAAAUCACAUGCGAUCUUACCCCUCAACAAGUUCACACCUUCUAUGAGGCCUGCGGUUACAUGGUUGCGGCUCAGGGCAACAAGCACCAGCAGGAGAGACUUCUCUCUGACCUCAUGGCCAUCCCCAACGCGGCGUGGGACGAAAUCAUCAAGCAAGCAACAGUCAACCCCUCCAUUCUUCAGGAUGCCGAGACUAUCAAGGUUAUUGGAAACAUCAUGAAGACCAACGUAUCGGCUUGCUCAUCUGUGGGAUCCUACUUUUACCCCCAGAUCGGCCGCAUCUACCACGACAUGCUCCAGAUGUACAACGCCACAAGUACACUGAUCUCCGAGGCCGUUGCUCGCGAUGGUGAACUUGCAACCAAGAUGCCCAAGGUCCGAGGUCUUCGAACUAUCAAGAAGGAGAUCCUUAAGCUCAUCGAGGUGUAUGUUGACAAGGCAGAAGAUCUCCAGGCUGUCCGUGCCCAGAUGGUGCCUCCUUUGUUGGACUCUGUUCUGGUCGAUUACAACCGUAACGUUCCUGGUGCUCGAGAUGCCGAGGUACUCAAGGCUUGCUCCACCAUCAUCACCAAACUCUCUUCUUUGAUGGAGGACCAGGUCCCGACCAUUAUGCAGAACGUCUUCGAGUGCACCCUGGAAAUGAUCAACAAGGACUUCUCAGAGUUCCCCGAGCACCGAGUGGAGUUCUUCAACCUCCUCCGGGCCAUCAACCUGCACUGCUUCCCUGCUCUGCUCAAGCUCGACAACAAUCAGUUCAAGUUUGUUAUCGACUCCUGCUCGUGGGCUUUCAAACACGACAACCGUGAUGUUGAAGCAGCUGGUCUCAACAUGGCUCUGGAGCUUAUUAACAACAUUGCCGAGAAGACCGACGUCCAGACCGCAAAUGCUUUCUUCCAGCGAUUCUUCAUCACCAUCCUUCAGGAUGUUUUCUUCGUUGUGACCGACAAUGACCACAAGGCUGGUUUCAAGACGCAAUCCAUGCUGUUGAUGAAGCUCUUCUACUACAUCAACCCCGCCGACGGCACUCAGCCCAAGAUCCAAGGACCUAUUUACAGCCCCGACCAGGCACAAGCUGGAACCGACAACCGAGAAUUUGUUGCCAACUUUGUUGCUAAUCUCUUGCAAAAUGCGUUCCGCAACCUGCAAACGAACCAGAUCCAGAGCUUUGUGGAGGGUUUGUUCACGCUUAACACGCAAUACGACAAGUUCCGACUCAACCUCCGUGAUUUCCUUGUCUCUCUCAAGGAGUUUGCCGGUGACAACGCCGAGCUGUUCAUCGUUGAGAAGGAGCAACAAGAGCAGGAAGCUAAGAAUGCCGACCUGGAACGACGACAGAAGGUCGGCGGUCUUCUCAAGCCCUCAGAGCUGGACGAUGAGGAGCUAUGA